CCGCCCGCCCGGCCCGCCCGUCGCCCAGCAGCCCCGCCUUCCGCCGGGCUCCUGCGGGGGAAGCCGCGCGGCUCCUGCUCAGCGGCCUGCAGCCGGGACUCCUCCUCGCAGAGCAGCAGCGCCCCCCUCUGGGCGCUCCCCGCCCCGCCCCCGGCCGGCCGCGGGAAGAUGAAUGCGGGCCCCCAGGAAGCCCUCCUCUCCGUCUUCCUGCAGUUCGUGGAGGAUCGGGGCCGCUGGGCCUACCGGGCCCUCAGCCAGACGCAGCAGGCCCGGCCCCGGGAGCAGCGGCCCAACGAGAUGAACCUGCUGUACCGCAAGAGCAAGGUGGAGUGGAGGCCCAGCAAGGAAGAGCAGCCCCCCAAGGGUUCAGCCAAGGAGUCCGGCAUAGGGAAGGUGCGGGACGUGGCCUCCUUCCGCCGCCACUUCAGGAUGGGGUUCAUGACAAUGCCCGCCUCGCAGGAACACGCUCCGCACCCCUGCGCCAGCAGCAUGGCCCCCCGGUCUCUCUCCUGCCACUCUGUGGGCAGCGUGGACAGCAGCUCGGGAGACGUGGCUGCCGGGUCUCGCAAACCGCCCGCCAAGCCCAAGCGACACCCCAACACCAAGCUGAGCGCGGAGGCCAGAAGCGCCCUGGAGCCCACGGGGAGCAAGAAAGGAGGUUCCCAAAAGUCCAGCUCGGAAGGUCGGGAUCUGGGCCGCAAGGUGCCCCCCCAGAAGCCCAAGCGCAGCCCGAACACCCACCUGUCCGGCCUCCCUUUGACGCAGGCGGUGAGGCGCGGACGGCUUGCCCGCCCCCUUCUGGGCGUGGGCGAUGAAGCCGCUACGGCUCGCGCCUUCUCCCACGCCAAGCUGCAAGUGGGCUCGCCACGCCGAGAGGAGGACGAGCCGGUUUACAUCGAGAUGGUGGGAGACAUUUUUCGGGGACCUGGCCCCCCCUCGCAGGCACCGGCCGCGGCCGACGAGGACUCUGACGAGAGCGAAGCCAUUUACGAGGAGAUGAAGUAUCCGCUCCCGGAGGAAGGGGGCGACUGCCGGCCCAACGGGGCACCGGCCUCCCCGCGCCACCACCCAGCCAAGCGGGAAACGGCCAGGGUGGCGCCGGGCACCAAAACCUCCCCCUGCGAAAUCCCUCCGCCGUUCCCAAACCUCUUGCAGCACCGGCCCCCUCUGCUGGCCUUUCCGCAGGGCAAGAAGGGCUACAAAGGCCCCGGCCAGGAGGGGUCCAAGCUGCCCGUCCCGUGCCACGCCAAGGACACCCCGCCCGCCCCCAUGACACCCCAGGUUCCCAGCCAUCAGCCGAGGGGCGGGGAUGCCGCAGCCUUGGGCCCUUCUGGCCGCGCCCGCAGCCACUCCACCCCCCUGCCCCCCCAGCCCACUGGCCAGAGCAAAGCUGAGAAAGAGCUCCCCAAUUCCCACAGCAUGAUCUGCCCCGCUGGCAAGCAGGGGCCCCCCGUGCCGGCCCCCUCCGCAGCCCCCGCCCCCUCCAUGCUGCCGGUCAAGGAGAAGCCGGCCGUCUCCUACACCAUGGUCUACUCCGCCGUCAAGGUCACCACACACACGGCCCCGAUGGAGCAGAAGGCCGAGGAGAUCUCCGUCCUGCACGGCUUGCUGUGCGCCCGCCCGUCCACAGUGCCCACCUGCAGACAGGCCCAGAGGGCGGGCACGCUGCCGGAGCCGCCUCCCCUGGGCAUGGUCUGGACUUACCCUGCCCCCUGCGCUGGGCUGAAGCGCCCGCCGGCCUACGAGAGCAUCCAGGGCGUGGGCGCCAAAGCCUCCUCCGCCAUCAAGAUCCCUCUCCAGGACCGGGUCUUCACCAGCGUUGCCUGCUCCCACCUCUUGCCUGGCGAGGAGUGUGCCCACCACCCAGUGGGAGAGGAGGAGGCCUUCGGGUGGGUGCUGCAGAGGAGGCUGGGCUACGUGAACCGGAAGACGAAAGAGCUGGAGAAGGCCCCCGACGGCCCCAAAGCCUGGGACGAGGGUGACAACACUCCUCCCAGGAUGGAGAAGGAAGAGAAGGCCAGGCCCAGCCUGACCCAGUCCGGCAUCCCCGUCCGCACCCCGGGGCCCGAGGGCCUCACUGCCAAGAUGCCCGGGGGGAGGACCAGCCUGCCUGUGCCCUGCCAGACCUUCCCCGCCUGUCACCGGAAUGGAGAUUUCACAGGUGGCUACCUCCUGGGCCGCUCUGCAUCCACCUCUGGCGUUCGGCAUGCUGUGGUUCACACGCAGAGGCCGUGCAGCCACCCCCGGGAUCCGGCCAGCCUGGCCCUGCACCAAGCACCGCUGGCGCCUCCUGGGUCCCUCCAGGGCUCUCGGGAGCGGGACGGCAAACUCCUGGAGGUGAUCGAGCGCAAGCGCUGCGUGUGCAAGGAGAUCAAGGCGCGGCACCGCCCCGAGCGCACCCUGUGCAAGCAGGAGAGCAUGCCGAUCCUGCCCAGCUGGCGGAGGAACACGGAGAACCGCAAGUCCGGGACGCCCCCCUGCCGCCGCCAGCAGACUGUGCUCUGGGACACGGCCAUAUGACGGCACGGGGCUGAGCCCCGAGGAACCGGUGCCUUGUGCCAGCCGAGCCGGACACGGCGCAGGGCUAACUGCUGGCAGCGUGGCGCCCUGCCCGUGGGCCCCUGGCCCGGGACUCGCCAGAGACCGUGGGCUGCUCGGGCACUACUGCCCCCUGCUGGGCCAUAGCGAGAAACUCACCUGCGGGUGAAGCAGGCAAAUGGUUCUUUGGCCAAGAUCCGGGACCGAGAGGUGCUGGAAACGCCAGCGUGAAAAACCCGUGGACUCUACUUGAGGACCUCCAGUGGAAACGACUGCCCCGCAGGUCCGCCCCCCCCAGGCAGCUGCGUCUCACAGCGGGGGCAAGGUUGCUGGAUGGAAGCCGCUGGCCCUCUGAGCCAGCCAUGUCUGUGCCAACUAACAUGUAAGAUGCUGCCGUUCAUCUUCCUGGGAGGAGGCUAGCGUGUCACUGUGCGGAUGGCGGCCCUUCUCCCGUUGUCUUUGCCCGGAGCGAAGCUCCAAGUGCCAGGGCGUUUUCCAGGGUUUUUCUUCCAUUGCUGGGGGGGCCGUGGAGGGAAGGCGUCGUGUCCGUGCAGGGCCUGGGCUCAGGUGGCCAAAGGGACUUCCUCUUGAGCUGCCAGGCCGCUUGGCCCACCAGUCGCUGCGUAGAGAGCGAAGGGUCAGCGAGAACACAGGUUGCCAAUCAGAGCGGGCCCUUCAUAGCUACCCCCAGGACCGACCGGCCUCUGUGUGUCUGACUGGCGGGCAGUUUCUACUGGCGUAUGAAAUAAAAGAAGCAAAUUUUUCGCAGUCUGGCAGCGAGGUGAUGAAAUUAUUAUUUUUUUCUAAUCCAGAAAAUUAGAGGAGGGGGGCACAGGGCCACUUUCCAGAAACGUCCCCCCUCCCCUCCAAUAAAAAAUGUGUUUUCCCUUGUAGGAAAACGUUGAUUUGGCCGCAUUUAAUUUUUACAAAUAUAACCAGCCCUCCAGUAACCUUCCUCCAUUCCUGCCCUGAUUCCCCACGUUCUGGUUCGUUCUUCUUGCCUUGAAAGCCGAGAGGUCUGAAUUUCGGCAGAUCUGUUUGUAUGGAGUCAGGGUCCCCGAGUGGGUUGCGCUGCCUCUCCUGCCCCGCUGAGUUUUCUUGCUUCGGUCUACUUAAAAUGUCUUUGGAAGAAUGGAUCCCCCCCCCCCUCCUGGAAAAGCCAAAUGGCAUGUUUGAAAUUUGGGGGGGGGGGGAUAUUUCAAGGGAAGUGGGGCUCCCUUUGGGGAGCAACUUGGGUUUCAAGUGCCGUUAGAACGGCGCUGCUGUUCAAACUCAGCAGGCAGGGGAAGGAGGAAACUGUCGUGCCUGCGUCCUCUCUAGGCAUCUGACAAAGAUACAGCGUCUGCCUUCUGGACUUCAGCCGGGCUUCUCGCCAUGCCAAGCUGCUCGCCCUCUUUGGGCACCAGGGGCCUGCCUCACAGGGAGGGUUUUGCUCAAGGUGGCUUAAAAGACAGGGUAGAGGGCGUAGCGGUGACUCGCGUUGUUCAUCACCACGUGGCCGCACAUCCAGUGCCUCCUGCAGAGGCAAGAGCUCCCAAAGGCACCUGGUGGGCCACUGCGAGUAGCAGAGUGCUGGACUAGAUGGACUCUGGUCUGAUCCAGCAGGCUUGUUCUUAUGUUCUUAUGCCUUCUUUAGACGUAGCUGCUGCCCGUUCACGGAGCUAUUCAGCGGGAUCGCAGGUCCUGCAAGGCCUGCCAGUAUCAGGAAGAUGGCACUCCCCCUGGCACCAGUGCAGGACUAGCCAAACAGCAGCCUUGCCCUCUCUGUCCCCUGUCCUGGGCAGCCCUCUUGGCCUCGCUUGCCCGUCUCACCUGCCUCAUAGUCUCUCCUUCGUAUCCCACCUCUUCCCACCGAGCUGUCCGUCUCUGUCCUUGUGUUGGCACACGCUGGAGGAGGGGAAGCCCGGGGGUUCCCCCUCCACCACGUGCCUGACGAGCCACCCGUGUCCAGCAGUGUUUUGCUCCGUGUCUUCAAAGUCUCAUCCUCAGCCAACAGAUGUGGGUCUUUACGCUUUUGGAACUGGUCCAGGACCCCCCCCCAUAUACACACACAACCCCCCCCAUGCCACCCUUCGCCCACUCCUGCUUCAGAACCAAGUGUGAAUCCAUCUGCCACAAUUUCCUGUUAGCGUCCACAAGACACGGCUGGACCGGUUGGGGCGUUGGCAUGAACUAGGGUUUAAAUUUAAAAAAACUGUGUACGGCGCCAUCAGGGUGAAGGAGAAACCCCCGUUGGGACUCCUUGGUUUUAUGCCCCAGCCCCUGAUUUAAAUAUUUCACAAGAUUGUCUAGCGUAGCAAGAUGAUGAAACUGCUUUGCAAAGAUAUUUAUGCUGGGGAUUCAUGGGAGGGUAUUUAUAUAUUGAAAAACGAUGGAAAGAUAAUAAAACUGUCACACUGGG